AAUCAAACCCGCUCUAAUCUUUGACCUUGGUGCGUAUCUUGUCGUUUAAGGACCCUAUAAAGUUAUCCUAAGCAAACGCCUGUUUUGAUACAAAAGGACUUGUGCUUUCUGUCACCGAUAUUUUUAAGAAAACACGUUUAUAGGAUUCCUUGUAAUUUACUGCAGUGUAUAAACUGGCACUGGGAGGGGUGUCUCCCCUAAACCUUUCUUGGCGAGAGUUUUUGGAUGAGGCAAUUUGCUUUGGCACCUAUAGAAUGACCACGCCCUUUCCCACGUGAGUUGGAGGCUUCCAGAAGGAGCAGCCGCUGCCGCGCGUGUCUUUUCUCUUGCCUGUUUCUGCCGGGGGUUCAGUCGCGUUGGCAACACCGCUGCUAUGUUGAGCGCUGCACGGCUCCGUGUGCUGCUUCCCGGGGCUGGCCAGGUUAUCUGGAAUGGUUUAAGUCAAGAUAUCCUUAGAGGUGUAACAAGCAGGAAAUAUGCCUCAGACGCAAUCAAAGGUGCUGUCAUCGGUAUUGAUCUUGGCACCACCAACUCCUGUGUAGCUGUUAUGGAAGGAAAGCAAGCUAAAGUGCUGGAAAAUGCCGAAGGUGCCAGAACCACCCCUUCUGUUGUAGCAUUCACGAAUGACAACGAGCGAUUGGUUGGAAUGCCAGCUAAGCGGCAGGCUGUCACUAACCCUCAUAAUACAUUCUACGCUACCAAGCGGCUUAUUGGACGCCGAUAUGAUGAUUCAGAAGUGCAGAAAGAUAUCAAAAAUGUUCCUUUUAAAAUUGUCCGUGCUUCAAAUGGUGAUGCCUGGGUGGAAGCUCAUGGAAAGCUGUACUCUCCGAGUCAGAUUGGUGCCUUCGUAUUGAUGAAGAUGAAGGAGACAGCAGAAAACUACCUGGGGCGACCAGCAAAGAAUGCUGUGAUCACAGUUCCUGCAUAUUUCAAUGAUUCUCAGAGGCAGGCUACCAAAGAUGCUGGGCAGAUUGCCGGAUUGAAUGUUUUGAGAGUGAUAAAUGAGCCCACCGCUGCAGCGCUAGCCUAUGGUUUGGACAAGGCUGAGGACAAAAUCAUUGCAGUCUACGACUUGGGUGGUGGCACAUUUGAUAUUUCUAUUUUGGAAAUUCAGAAGGGAGUCUUUGAAGUCAAAUCCACCAAUGGUGACACUUUCUUGGGUGGUGAAGAUUUUGACCAGGCCUUGUUGCAGCAUAUUGUUAAGGAGUUCAAGAGAGAGACAGGUGUUGACUUGACCAAAGAUAACAUGGCUCUCCAGAGAGUUAGAGAAGCAUCAGAAAAGGCAAAAUGUGAACUCUCUUCUUCAGUCCAGACAGACAUUAACUUGCCUUACCUCACAAUGGAUGCUUCUGGGCCAAAACAUUUGAACAUGAAGCUGACACGGUCUCAGUUCGAGGGGAUUGUGGCUGAUCUGAUUAAGAGGACAAUUGCCCCUUGCCAGAAAGCUAUGCAGGAUGCUGAAGUCAGCAAGAGUGACAUCGGGGAAGUUAUCUUGGUUGGCGGCAUGACCAGAAUGCCCAAGGUGCAGCAGACUGUGCAAGACAUGUUUGGCCGUGCCCCUAGCAAAGCAGUGAACCCAGAUGAAGCAGUUGCAAUUGGGGCUGCCAUCCAAGGAGGUGUGUUGGCUGGUGAUGUGACUGAUGUGCUGUUGCUGGAUGUGACGCCGCUUUCCCUGGGAAUUGAGACCCUGGGAGGAGUCUUCACUAAACUCAUCAACAGGAACACCACUAUUCCCACCAAGAAGAGCCAGGUAUUUUCAACAGCUGCUGAUGGGCAGACUCAAGUGGAGAUUAAAGUCCACCAGGGUGAGAGAGAGAUGGCUGGGGACAACAAGCUGCUGGGCCAGUUUACACUGGUUGGGAUUCCCCCAGCUCCACGAGGUGUUCCUCAGAUCGAGGUGACUUUUGACAUUGAUGCUAAUGGAAUCGUUCAUGUUUCUGCAAAAGAUAAAGGCACAGGGCGUGAACAACAAAUUGUGAUCCAGUCUUCUGGUGGCCUUAGCAAAGACGAUAUUGAAAACAUGGUGAAAAACGCUGAGAAGUAUGCAGAGGAAGAUAGGCGAAGAAAGGAACGCGUUGAAGCUGUAAACAUGGCAGAAGGAAUCAUCCAUGAUACAGAAUCCAAGAUGGAAGAAUUCAAAGAUCAGCUUCCUGCUGAGGAGUGCAACAAGCUGCGAGAAGAAAUAGCCAAAACACGUGAGCUGCUGGCUCGUAAAGAUAGUGAAACGGGCGAGAACAUCCGGCAGGCAGCAUCCACACUGCAACAGGCAUCCCUGAAGCUUUUUGAAAUGGCCUACAAAAAGAUGGCGUCAGAGCGGGAAAGUUCUGGAAGCUCUGGGGAUCAAAAGGAAGAAAAGCAAUGAUUUGGUCUAUGCACAGACUGGAGCAGGAAGAAGGGGCAAAAUGUUUUGAAGUUGCUUCCUGAGCAACUGUGGGCAAAUUUAUGUCUUUACUGUGUUUUUGCAGUAUCCUAUAAGAAUUUCCUAAAUGUAUACAUUAGUGAAGUGUCUAUUAGUGAAACCAUCACCUGAUUUAAAAAAAAAAAAAUAGUGCAACACAGCUCCCCUGAGUGCCAGUGACCUUUUUUCCAGGGCAUCUAGAGGAUUCCAGCAGUACUCAAUUUCAGAAGGCUCAAGGGAACCAUGUCAUAAAAUUCAGGGUGGGGCUUUGGGGUUCCUGAAUUUUUCUCUGUAUUGGGAACAGAUUUCUGUUUUUCUGUGGGAAGGAAUAGCAGUGGAGCCUGGAUUCAGCAGUGGCAGGUUGAUGUACGCAGCACUCAGGUCUGCAGCUAGCUUAGUUAUCCUAGCUUAGUUAUCCUUGCAUCCAAAGAAGUGGAUUGUUUUCACGUCGCCGUAGUUUGUAAACAAGGCCACUCUGAAGCUCCAUUUACCACUUGUCUAAGGUUUCUGCUCUAGCUGAUAUCUCAUUUCUUCUUACAGGAAAACAGCCUCUCAAUUAAUAAAAUCAUUCUUACUGGA